AUGCAAUUCUUCCACGAACACAACUGCGACGGCUUUGAUGACGAUACGAUCUGUGGGGCCGUGCACAGCGGCAACUUGGCGCUCGUACAGUUUCUCUUGGCGCACCGCCAGAACGCAAACACGCUGCGCCGGGCCAUGAUGAUUGCGGCCGAGACGGACAGCGUCAAGAUGCUCCAAUGGCUCGUCGACCAGCUCGGUGCCGCGGCGCACUUGGAUUGGACCGCAGGACACGCGUACAUUUCUCGGGGCCAUCGAUGUGCCGCGUUCCUUGCAAGCAUGUCGGCGCACGCGAUCGGUCUCUACGACCGCGCCCGCAAGCGCAAGUCGUCCAAGAUGGUUUGCAACGAUAUGUAG